CUCGAUUUCCCGCCAGACGAAUUGGCGCGAAACUCAAGCCUCUCUCUAAUCUCUUCUUCUUGGUAGAACUAGCCCUAGAUCUCCCUUCCCGCCUUUCUCCACCAUUGGAGUGACCUGCUUCUCUCCGCCCUUUGAUCGCUCUACUUCUCCGUCGUUUCUCAACCUUGCCGCCGCCGAUCCUGAGAGUCUCAUCACUGGAGAAGUAUUAUCCUGGUUUUAUUAGAGGAAGAGUCCAAUGGAGUUGCGAAGUUUCUGUCAUUUGCAUUAUAUCCAUGCCAUUAAAGGCGGCGUAGUAAAUAAAAUUUUGAACAUCAACCGUGGAAAGCCUGCAGUCGUAUUUAAGAAGCUUACUGACAUAUAUGGAUCUAUAGAUGACGAAGCCCGAGAACCACUCCCAACACGAGGGUCAAGAGAAGGUCUGGAAGAAAAUACUCUUCAUGGAUGUGAGUUUAAGGUGGAUUCCCAAGUUCUUUACGCGGAAAGAACACUAUGCAAUGAUGAGCCCGAGAUUUCUGAUUCUGACAGUAAAGGUGAUAGUGACGUGCAAAAGAGUGAUUUUGAAGUUGAUAGCAUGACUUUAAAACAGAUAAUGGAAGGUUGCAAGAAAAGAAAGUUGAGCCAGUCAAGAUCCGUUGACUCAAGUAAGGAAAAAACGAAGACAUGUUUCAAACAAAAACUUGAUCAUUCAUUCAUGUUAACCGAGGAGGAUGAUAGUGAUCUUAAUAUAGCGCUUAGCAUCUGGAAAUCUAAACUUUCAAAACGCAGAAAAUUGAAAACCAAAUGUGAAGAAAGCAGAAUAUCUACCAGUUCACAGUGGGACCAAACAAUUGGAAGUUCCGACCCAACCGAUAGUGAUGAAGAUCUGCUUCCCUCUGGUUCAAACCUACCCCUACCAGUAGACGUUAAAGUUGAAACUCCUGAAAUCGAUGUGACAGAAAUCCAGAACACAAACCACACAAUCGAAGAGUGUUCUCUAUUUUGUGAUGAAAAUAUAAACUUUUGUCUCAGUUAUGGUCCUGUUGGACCUAAUGAUUUAAAUUUAGAUAUAGGAUUGACAGCAUCUGAGAAAGAAGCUGAAUAUUGUGUUCUAAACAGUGCAUGUUAUGAAUAUUUUGAAGGAUAUGAACCCGGAACUUUUCAGAUGGUAGGGGAAUCCAGCACCAAGUGGAUGAAUGAAGAUAAACUGGAGGUACACAAAACCCAUCAUUCAGAUUUUUCUGCAUCAGAGAGCAUGAAGGGACAAUAUACCCCAAGUUAUAUAUCCAAUUCUAGUAUAUCAGAAGCUAUUCCCUUGACUAAGGAACAGUGCUCUGGCUCUUAUAUUUCCCCAGAUAAUUCUAUUACAAACGUGGCCAUGUGUCAGAAUAGCAGCAAAGGUAUGUCAGAAGUAAUUGCUCUGACCGAGGAACAGUGCUGCGACACUUAUAUUUCAGAAGGCAAACCUCUUACACACGAGGCCACAUGCCUCAAUAAUGGUGAAGGCUCUACUCAUAUGCAUGCAUUGACCAAUCUGAAUAGCCUGGAAGCACCAGAGAUGAGUCAUGGAGCUGAAGUAUGUUUAACUGAGAAUAGUUAUAAAGAUGAGUUGGCAGUUGAUGAUGAAAGAAGUAUUCCAAAAAAAUCUAGCUGUGAUAGUAACUUAAGCCCCGACCAUGGAAAAUGUAUUUCAACAAGUUCUAUCAGUGAUCGUAACUCAGGUUCUGAUCAGCGUUUGAUAUCUGAUGACGAAUGUCCAGCUAAGGAGAGACAACCACAAAUGUCUGAUUGCUCCGAUUCAGAAAGAAAUACUUCACCAAACUCUCAUCUCGAUGGUUCUGUGGACAAAUUUAAUCAAUUUGAAGAACCUAAACGCCAUCCAACAAGGCUGUUAUCAACAAGAACGACCAUUUCCCCAACAUCUCAGGAAAGAUUGUCCAAGGCUAUGAAGUCUAUGCGGUUACAUGACAAAGAAUGCAAAACAUAUGGUGUCAAACCACAUUUCAAGCAAACCAAGUACGCGGUUGGCGCAGCUGAAGAGUGUGACCAGACAAAACAAGUGCACUCCGAUAUAUAUCAAGAGAAAAAUAUAAGGAAAUCUAAGAAGAGAAGUUUCCAUUCAUCGAGCACCACCAAAGUUCCUCAAGCUACGGUCCAAAAUUGUUCAGAGAGUGCAAUUACAUUCACACAAAGGCAAAUGCAGGACAUAGAAUGUCUUGCUCUGAAACUUACCAGUCAGUUAAAGUCAAUGAAAGCAAUUGUAGAAGACAGACUUCAUGUUGAAGGCAACAAAUCUACAAGUUUCAAGUUUAACGCAGAUGAGGUGAGAACAGCCAUUGCUGAUGCCACAAAAGCGGAAACAAGUGCUAAAAAAUGGCUUUCGAUUAUGUCAAGGGAUUGCAACCGCUUUUGUAAAAUAAUGAAUACAACCGAGCACUAUUCAAAUGCUUCUCCAGCUGCAAUCCAGAAGGCGAAGAGGAAGGUUACAUUUGCUGAUGAAGCUGGUGGAAAGCUUUGUGAAGUUAGGUUGAUUGAGGACGACGUCAAUGCCGAGUCUUCUGCCGAAAUGAGUCCAGAAAAUUGUGAAACAGCCCAGUAACUUUCGGAAGCAUACCUACUUGUAUACUAAUUUUUAACUUAUACUAAAUCAUCUUUCGUUGUAAAUUCCCAUGUCUCGUUUAAUGGAGUUCAGCCUAAGUUUUCUGA